AUGAACUUUGUAGUUAUUGAAGUGUGUCUUCUCGUCAUUUUAGCAACAUGUAUUCGCGUUCAAACUUUGGAAUGUUCGUCAAACAAACGUUGUGUAUGUCAUAAAAUAAAUGGAGAUUUAUGGGCGAUGUGCGAAAACCUUACACUUGCAUCAGCACCUACCUUUAGUAAUGACGUCAUAGGGGUUAUUCUUGCUAAUAACAUAUUAAACAAUUUUCCUACAAAUCUGCCUCUAAAUGUCACUUACUUGGACCUCUCAAGAAAUUUGAUGAGAAUCGUGAAUCAACAAUCAAUAGAGAAAUACAGAUAUCUACGCAAUUUAUCUAUUUCACGUAAUUCACUACAGAUAAUCGAGCUAGGUUCUUUUCAAAACUCUCCUAAUCUUCUGCACCUUGAUAUUUCCGGAAAUCAGGAGCUUACUCUUGAGGUUUUGGCUAAUAUAUCGAGAGAUUUGAGAAAUUCUACUGCUAUUCGCGUUUUAAAUUUUGAGAAUCUACAAUGUACAUACGGCGUAAGUUUCAUUGUUAAAAGAUACCACCUAAUUGGACUUAAACAGACACAUUUGGAGGAACUGAAUUUGGCAUCAAAUCGCAUCAACAGUCUAGAAGCGGGUGUUUUGUCUGAGCUACCCAAGUCCCUAAAGCAUCUUAGUCUGGCCAAUAAUAGACUCAGUUUUGAGAUUUAUUUAGUAGAAUUCGGUGAUUUGCCAAAUAUCAUGUCCAUCAAUGCGAGUUUCCAGUCCUCUUUUCAUCAACUCAAUGUAGACGACAUUCUCAUGGACUGCAAUGAUAUUCGAAAGGUGUCUGUAAGCUCAUCAAAAAACCAGGUUUUGGGCCAAAGAAAGAAAAUGCCUUUACAGAGACCGAAAAAUAUAACUUUCUUCUUGCCUUCUACACUCCAAACAGUGUAUUUUCACGACAACAUGUAUAAAAUGACUCUUCAAGAUUUUUCAUUCAAAUUUUUUGGUAAACCUACCUUGUCAAAGCUUUAUUUGCAAAACAAUAUUAUCUAUGAACUGAAUGGGCCCAUUACUGGCAUGAAAAGUGUCAUUUAUGCGGACUUCUCGAAUAAUUUUUGCAGCUAUAUCUCACCAAGAUUUUUUGAGGAUUUUAGAAACUUGUCCCAUCUUGAUCUUUCAUAUAAUGCACUCGGUGAAAAUCUUGAAAAUGACGUCGAUGGAAAAAUAUUUCAAAAUCUGAGGAUGCUCACUUCCUUGAAUUUAACUCGAAACAGGAUUCUUCGACUUCCAGCAAAAAUAUUUCAAAAUCUAGUUCAACUUAAACAGUUAAACCUGAGCUAUAAUUCUCUUGGUGAAUUUACAAUGCCCAUAAACCAUAUGGUUCAUUUGUCUAAUAUAGACCUCUCUGAUAACCAGAUAUCGUCAAUAAAUAUGGAAACUAGAAAAAUGUUGCACGCAAUAUCACAUGAAAGGCACAUCUCUUUAAAUUUAAGGGGCAACAAGUUGAGAUGCGAUUGUGGUAAUGUAGAAUUCGUGAAAUGGGUUCUCAAUUCAAAGAAUAUUGUUUUUCUUCAUUUUGAUGAUUAUUUAUGUACUUUAACGAAUUUCACUAAGAUUCGUUUCUCAGAUAAUCGAUUACUCGAACUCUUGGACAAGCAGUGUUCCUCAUAUACUCUUAUCAUCGUGAUUAUUACGUCACUAAUCUUUGUUAUCUUAACAAUCACCAUCAGUCGUAUUGUUUAUAGAUACAGGUGGAAAUUAAGAUACAUGUAUUACGUCGCAAGGGAAAAGUACAAAGACAAUCAAAAAAGACAAGAAACAUUAGAUUUGUUUCACUUUGAUGCAUUUGUAUCUUAUGCCGAGAAAGACAGAACAUUCGUCAUCGACCUUGUUAAGCGUCUGGAAGAGGAAUUCAAUCUAAAGUUGUGUAUACACCAUCGUGAUUUCAUCCCAGGAACAGGGAUAGCAGAUAAUAUUACCAAUGCAAUUCAUAAUAGCAGGAAAACCGUCUGUGUCAUCACUUCACAUUUCUUACAUUCAUACUGGUGCAUGUUUGAACUAAACAUGGCACGCAUGGAGGCCAUUUAUUCCAGAAAUGGUGAAAAUGUUCUGCUUUUGGUGGCUUUAGAAAAAGACGUCAUGAAGUCUAUACCGUUCACAUUCAUGGAUUUGAUUGACUCUAAAUCUUACAUAGACUUUCCAGAGGAAGGGGGCAAGGAUGAAGAAACAGGUUUCAGAUCGAAACUUGGAGAUGCCCUUAAAUCACGUGACAACAAGUUUUGAUAUCAGUCAGCAAUAAAAGGAUUUUUAUCUAGUUAAACACCGCUCGAAUUGUGAUUUUGUUAUUAUAUAAAUCGGACUAAGGAUUCUAUUUUUAUGUUUAAAAAAAACAGUAGCAAAUUAUUAAUAUUAAUAUUUUCUAUCUCUUACACCGUUUCAUUUCUUCUAAAUCAAUAUUAGUAUAAAAUUUUGUUUGCAUUAAAAAGAUUGUAAUAUUUUAUAUAAACCACAACCUUUGGAUAUGUAUAGAAUUUGAAAUGUUAAUAUGGUCGUUAUUUUUUUGUUGCUGUUUGAAGUCUGCCUUCGACUAUAUUUCAACACAUUCACCCUAUAUGCAGUUAAAGAUAAAUAACGACAUCACAAAUUAAGUAAUUAAACAUUGGAAUAGCGGAUAUCCUGUCCUCCUUUCUCAGUUUUUAGCUACUUAAUGUAUUUUGCCAAAUAUCAAAAUAUGAUAUUAAUCAA